GACAAUAGCAUAUACCCGCAAUACAGCAAUUGGUCAAUUACAGCAACUGCCCAGGAUGGUAGCGACGACUUUUACCAAGCUUGCAGCUGGAUUUGUACUGCUUUCGGCAUUUGUAUUUGGCCAUGGAAACUGUGAAGACCAACCGUGCAACGUUCUCGAAGCAGCCUCCUGCUAUUGGAAUACAGCGGUUAAGUACGUCGUAAAGGACAUAGUUUUCAAGCUCGCAGCAGAGACAGCGCACCUGAAAAAGCUAUGUGGCAUAAAGGAAGCGUUGCCGCCUGUGUCAUACUGUGCGCCCUUGUAUGCCGGAUGCAGCGAAGAGGUUCGAAGGCACUUCGGAGUACCAGAGCACGGCUACCGCAUAGUGCAAAACGGCCUUAUGGAUCGGGCCAACUGUGAAGGACUGGGCGUACUGAGCUCCUGCAUCGACUCAUCUGCUUUGCUACGCAGUUGCCGUAUUAGUCUUGCCUUGGAACCUACGGUUGAGAAUGCUCACAAUAACUUCAAGGCUGCAUCGACUCUGUGUGGUUGCCUCCGUGACGCUUUGUCAUCCUGUUCGAAGGGAGAACACCACUACGCCAAGGACCACAUCAUCAACUCGUACGGACUGGCCUUGACGGAACUCUUUUGGGAUAACAGUGCGUCCAUGCCCCAGGCCGUAUCUUCCGCUUGGACUACAACGACAAUCAAGGUUAAUGAUACUGACGGCAACCCUACCCUAACACCUGCAUUGCAAAGCGGCGCUGCCGUAAUGCUGCCCCUCGGUGCCUUGCUUCUCCUCCUGAUCGCCCUAUCAGGCAUAUAUGCCGUGUAGCCCAGCGCAUUCUAGUACGGAAUAUCUUUCAGAAACAACCGCGUGUUGAAGCGCGGUGUUUGAAUGAACAUGAUGAAUAUGUGUCGCCGAUAGGCGAAAUAAAUAGACAUUAUCGGCCCUACAAAGGCACCUGUGAGUGAUUACCUUGACACUGUUUAAAAAUGGGGCCUAGAAACAACGAUCCAUUGUGCCACUCGCGAAGAAUUUUUGGUUGAUAACCAUACGGUUUCUUGCAUCGACCAGAUAAACGUGUGGUGAUGCAGUCUAGUUGUAAUUUCCACAGUAGUGCAAACAAAAUUAGCUGAUCACUGCUUCAUUUACACUGCCCUAGUACAGUCAUCUGUUGCCAUUGCUUCUAGCACCUCCAAGAAAGAAAUUGCAUUAACUGAUUCAAGGUUGUCUGAUAAUCUAGUCCAACAAUAUGCUCGGCACAGUUUUCUAUCAACCAUGCCGCCAUGUGAAAUUUAUGAAAAAUUCGCUCCUCUUUUCGAUGACUUCAGGAUAGCAUCUACUCGAAUUAUAACAGUUAAACUGCACAGCGCUGAGGAUGGUUGGCUGUGAGCAGAAAUUCUUGCGGCUAUAAAAGAAAAAAGAUAUGCUUUGGAGUCUGUGUCACCGAGCCUCUAACUCCAACACAAUUUGUUUAUAAUUUAAGCUUUGCAGAAACAAACUUAAUGCAGCUAUUCGCCUCGGUAAACGUAACCACUUUCGCAAAAUGUUAUGGGACUCCCGGUUUGAUAGCCGCAAAAUGACGUCAGAGGUGCUGGUCUGAAACAACGUAACGAUAACUACUUUCUUUCCCACUUUUCAUCUGAUAGCCAGCGUAUAGCAAAUGAUCUUAAGGAUUUUUUUUCUAGAAUAUCAGGUUUCACCAGACCACAUCCGGAUUCAUGUACAUUAAAAACAAGUAACCUGCACUCGACUUAUCUACCGCUUCUGACUGAUUGUGGCCUAAAACGAAUUCUUCCUAUUCUUAAACUCGUCAAGUCCGUAGGUACCAAUGGCACCUCCAUCAUUGAGCUUCGAAGAAACCAUUGCUACAUCAACGCCGCUUUGAGAGCAAUAAUUAAUCACUUCUUGGUCAUGUGGCGUUAAUCCAGUCAGGAUGAGAAUGGCAAUCAUUAUACCACUCUAUAAGAAAGGAUCUAGAGGCAAAGUUGAAAACUAUCGCCCAAAUCAGUUUUAACUUGCAUGACAUAAAUUUUAGAGAAAUCAUGUUGCUCACUAUGAAUAGCUUCCUUUAUACCAGCAGCAUGUUGUGACCGUGGUAAUACGGCUUUAUAAAAGGCAAAGGCACUCAGGCGAGUUUGGAUUAUUGUUACGAUUUCCUGAAUUUCUGCUUAGAAAGUAACCAGGUAGCGUGCACAUCGUUUCUUGAUCUAAGCAAGGCAUUUGACAGUGCCUGCCAUGGCCUAUGGUUAACAAAGCUCUCGAUGAUGGGAUUCCGUGGUUUAUCUCUACUAUUUCUCAAUAAUUUUCUCCGGGACCGGUUUCCGUACGUCUCAGUUCAAAAGUGGGACGUACUGUUCAAAACGAAGCCGGUGUUACACAAGGUGUACAGUAUAAAGCUCUCUGUUAUUUAACAUUUACAUUCAUGAUCUGUCUAAUAUAAUCCCCAUUAAAAUAUUUCAGUAUGCAGACGAUACAGUGUUAGUUUCUCGUGCAAAUCAAUAUUCUGAUGCUGCUUCUCAGUUACAAGAAGCAGCAACGAAGGCAAUCGACUAGUUCGCGACAAAUUCAAUCUACAUUAGCGUAUUAAGAACGCCAUGGGUCUGCUUUCGAAGCCCUUUAAAGAGAAUAUACCUGACUAGGGAAAUUAUAUUACAAAAUUUGCAUUCUAAUCCAUGCUCUUCCAAUCUUAUCGACUACACAUCAUCCGUAAGAUAUAUCGGUUGUGUUGUGACCGCGAUCUUUAAUGGAAUUCGCAUGUUUCUUGUGUUUGUCCGAGGAUUCGCUCAGUGCUUUGCUUGCUCUAUAAAACCCGUUACCUCAUGCCGAUAUCAGUCAGAAAAACCACAGCCCAUGCGUUGUGCUACAGUGCAUGCAGUUCGAUAUGGGGUUACUGCCUACGGUCAUUGCGCUCUUCGUUGCCAAAAAAAAAUUAACUCACUUAUGGGCUACAUUUUGAUAAUUGUAGGUUAUGACUUCUCUUGAAGGCAACACCGACAUAUUCUCACGAGUAUGAAACAAUUUACACGUUGCAUUUACAAAGCGUAUAUACACAGCUGCCGAGAAUCCUGAGAGGCUCUUGCCACUUCGUCCUCUUCACCGUCGACGACCUUGUCCUCUUUCUCCACCAUAACACGAAUCCCGGCAGAAAAAGCACCGUCCCGGUGCUUUUUCUGCAUCCAUGAGUCCUGGCGAACCACGGACUGGAUCAGCGAUAUCGUCUCAGCAGUGUUGUUCCAAAGUGUCUGUUGAGGCGAUGCAGGAAACGUUGCUUCGAUUUUGCGGCGUACAAUUCGGGUCACGUUUUCGCUUGGAGGUGGCGAGCUAGAUUGGUCGGUGGGGUUGGUACAAGAAGAGGUCGCUGCAGUACUUGGAAGCCGUGUAAACUGCUUGUAUGUACGGGGACUCUUCGUCUGCUGGAAACGGCGGCAAUCCUUCAUGAUGUCGUCGACAUUCGUCAAGUUUCUAAAGACCAGGAGGUUGAAUGCGUCGUCCGCGAUGCCUUUGAUAAUGUGUCCAACCUUCUCUGCUUCUGGCAUGGACGUGUCCAUAUUAUGGCAGAGGGCUAGGACGUCCUGAAUGUGGGGAGACAUACGACUCGGUAGCAGUUUGGGCCCGCGUGGCGAGUUGUUGCUUGGCGGCUAGUUGUCGACCGGUCGGAUUACCAAAAACGUCGGACAGCUUUUUUUUGAACAAGCCCCAGCUGGUGAGCUCUUCCUUGUGCGUGUAAAACCACUUUCGUGGCGUUCCGUCCAGGUAGAACACGACAUUCGCCAGCAUUAUAGUUGGAUCCCACCUGCUCAUCUUGCUGACGCGCUCGUACAUCUUCAACCAUUCUUCCACGUCAACACUUACGAGGCCAGUGAACUUGCCGGGGUCUUGCGGCUGAGGUAGGGCAACGUACUGGGUAUGCGUAGUCGGUAUUGCAGCUGCAGAUGCGGUGCCUUCCACUGGAAGCAUCGUCCCAGGCUGGGUGAGACGUCCGCUGCGGAGCUCCGUGCCGAAGACGCGUACCCCGCACGUCCACUACAAUGUCACAAGUAUAAAACUAUUGACACGUUGUAUUUACAAAGCGUAUAUACACAGCUGCCGAGAAUCCCGAGAGGCUCUUGCCACUUCGUCCUCUUCACCGUCUUUUCCUCUUUUUCCACCGUAACAAUAUUUUAAGGUAUUAUCAAUGCAUGAUUUUUCUUCGGUUUGGCUGCAUAGCAUAGCCCUGAGAGAUUUCUGGGACAAUAGUUUCAAGAUACCUCAUACCCCCUUGCCUUAGACCAAAAUGGCGUUAUCAAAUACCUCGAUGUGCACCAAAAUACCACAAAAGAAUGCCCGAAUGCUAUGUUCCGGCGUUGUUUAAUUAUUUACAUUGUAACGCGCUGCAGUCAACAUAAAAAUAUAAGCUCAAGAAAGCACCAAAACGGGUGGAUUUCAGCGGUUAUAACGCACAAAGGAAUAGAUCUCACUUACCUCCAUCAGUAUUACGCCUAUAGAGUGGCUUUGGUUAAAAAAGUGACCAGAACGUUUGUUUCUGCAAAUGUUUUAUUGGCGCAUUGCUGGUUCUUUAACUCAUUUUGUUGUUUAUAACCAUGUACUAAUUUUUUUAUUGUUCCAUGCAAAGUAAUCGUGUGGCGCGGUGAUAAAUGUACGCGCCAGAUGUACUUCUAAAACAUGUUUGUGGUCAUAUAUGUACAUGCAGUACAGAUAUAUAUAUAUACACCUUUAUUCGCUUUUGAUAUUUUUUUGCUUCUUAUGUUUUUUUGCACCAAUGAUAUUGUAACAGUUUUUAUGCAGCCUGUCACGUUCUGCCCGUCAAGCCCAAUGUGUCUUUGUCAGGCCUGAUGAAUGUAUUAUGUUUUCGAAGAAUAAUAGAAGAGUUUAUUAUUAUUGUUAUUUACGCCAAUUUUCUAUUCCUUCAAGCACUUGUGAAAACUGUGAUCUUGCGAGAUGUACCGGUGCCGUAAAAGUUCGCUGAAACUCCAAACCUGCAACUACACCAGCGGCGUAGCCAGAAACAUUUUUAGGGGGUAGAUGGGAGGUACCCACUUGGCUGGUCACGACGAGGUUGAGGGGUGGAGAGAGGGAUGGGCUGGCCAAAUACUAACAAAGAUAUUUCUGGAAGGAUAAGUGCACAGUGUGCCACGCCUCGGUUACGUAAUUGAACAAACGUAACCAUUUCGUUUUUGCGUCCGUUUAUCUAAACUUAUUUCUCUAGACCUCGAAUUUAGUGCCAUUGUUUCACUUUCUUUUGUUUAUGCUGGAGGACAGUAAAAACUUAAAAUGUUUGUUUUCUAAAGCAAGAUGCGAUUGAAUAGAUUACUUUAAAACAAUAUCGCUGAUGUGCGCUAAAGCAGAUUUUCUUUUGGUUUGCGAAAGAAACAGGAUACAAUGGCCGAUACGCAUAUGAUAUCAGCAGCAAUGUGAAAAAAAAAAUUCCCACGUGAGGAACUAUUCCAAGUGUAAGCACGCGAAACGCCGAAUACUCUAUACUGAAGCGGAUCUCGCCGACUGUAAUCUGCCGUUCAUUAGUAAACCUAGCUGCGAUAACCGCACCAAAGUCCGCGAAGCGGGGAAUGACGUGGAACUCAAAAUACUUCUCUUUUCUCUUACACGGAGAUCUCUUGAGACAGUAUCGUUUAGUCCGCCAGUUCUCAGUAGGUUGCACGUGGUCCAGGCUGGAGCCCCUCAAGGAGCCGCUCGUCCUUAUCCUGAUUGGAGUGAUGUAUAUGAGAAAAUACUGUAAUCGAUGCAUCGAAGACUUGGUCAUUACGAUGCCAGAAAGUGCUACUGUCUGAUGUAGGCAGUCAUCUAAAAACAAUACAAAAGGGGUGUGGGGGUACAUUUUGUUUUACAGGAAUUUCCACGGAGGUUUAUUUGGGCAUAGCACAGCACGAAGGGUUGAAUACUCGGGCCAUAAAUUAUGUCGCAUCAAGUAAUGCCACGAAACUUCCGAUGCGAGUCUAUUUUAUUUGUAUUUAAAUAAAGCACUCUGUCUGUCUCUC